AUGGAUUUAGAUGCUGAUAAAAUCAACCCCUUUGCGCGGAGUCGCAGGAUUCAGGCUGCGUUCAGGGACAGUGAUAAGAAAGGUGAAGUUGCUGAGGCUGUGAGUGAGGUGGAGGAGGCGAAAAGUCAUCUUCCGCGCUAUGGCGAGUGCUGGAAAGUUCUCACAGAUGGUCUCUACCAGCAAGCCAAGUUUGCCGAGGCUGCGACUGUGGCUUGCGAUAGAAAUUUCAAUGAUUGCGUGUCUUGGGAGCGCACAAUUAAGCAGACACUGCAAGACUCCCUGGGCAAGGCUGGUCAGCAGAGAAUUGCCAAAACCUCCAAAUUCCUGGUGAAGAAAAAUCACGCUGAAGACGCAAAAGACACCAAAGGACCUUGUGAAAAGUUCGGCAACUUUGAGAGAAAGAACAAGCACAGUCGCAUUAGAGAUCCUCUGGAGGAGAAGAGACUCAGAGACCUCCGCAAAGUCACUGAUCAGAUGUACUUGAAGCAAUUGUCAUCUGAUGUGGAGUUCAUGAAGGGACUUUUGGUGGACAAAAGGCUCGAUAUACGCAAUAAAAGUCUCCCUGAGCACUCGAGAAAGGUGAAUAAGGAGAUCAAGGCGGUGUUGAGGGAGAGUCUAGAGAAGUGUGCAGCUUGGAAGACCCAAUUGCACCUGAGAACUCCUCUUUAUGUGCGUCAGGAGGAGCGAUUCAUCACGAGGAGUGCCAAGAUGCAGGCCAUUGAGACGCAUUUGCAGCAAAUGAAGGUGAUUAAUCAGGUGAAGGCCCGACGCUUGGCGGAAGAGCUGACCACAAUGACGGAGAUCCCGAGGAAAUUACUGAAAUACAUCGACAAUGCUAUCCGGCCGUUCUAUUGUGCCGUCACGGAGAAGUCAUUUCCGGCGGUGGGAGACUUUGUGGAGCGGGUGAUGGAGUUAGCCGGUGAGGCGUACAUCAGGGAGAUGAUUGGGGUGGAAAUUGAGAAUGGUCGCGAGGGUAUAGGUGCUCCGCAUCUCCUGAAAUUGCCUAAACGCACACAAGUGACGCACUUGGAUAGCUUCACGGACAGGGAGAGGGUGAAAGAACUCGAGAGUCAUCUUGAAUUUGUGCGCUUUCCGCUGGAGAAGGCGUACAUCAUGUAUAAAAUAUUCACCAUUCAAUCCAAGACACUUCCAGAAAAGUCAUGGGAAGUCAGUGCGACGGUGGAAAAGAUUUCCGAGCCCGCGAGGAAGGUGGGAAGUCCUUCGUGGUGCUUCCUGAGUACCAUUGCCAACGCUCAAGUGCUCUACACGAGAUCAGAGUAUGACGAAACCGAGCUGUGCCUCAUGGAGGCAAUGGAAAUUACUCGACUCUUGCCCAAAAUGCUGGCGAAAGGGUUGCAAGCAAUUCUAAGUCGGUGCCACAGAAAUCUCCUGAGAGAGAUGCGCUCUCGCAUGCAAAAGCUUAGCAGCACAAAUUUAUCGAUUGAGUGUGGAGAGAAAGGGAGGGAUUUGGAGAUUAAAAUGCAUGGAUCAGCUUUCUAA